UUUCUUCUUCCCUCAAAUCACACAUCAACAAUAACCACACUCGUUCAGGUUUUGUUACAUCAAUCUCAUCUUUCAACCUCCCCCUCCAUCAACAUAAUAUCUUAAUACCAUCCCACUUUCGUUAUUGUCACCAUACAAUCACAGUCGUUGAAGAGAAAAUAAGAAAAUAUGAAGACAUUCCAAUCGUUUCUCACAGCCUUCGGGCUUCUUGCCGUAGUCAACGGUCAAAAGUACUCCAAUGGUACCAAUAUUGCGUAUACGACCAUCACUACUGAUAUCUAUACAACUGUCUGCCCACAUCCCACCACUUUCUCCAUGGGAACAAAUACUUAUACCGUCACUGCUUCUACUACCUUGACCAUCACUGACUGCCCUUGCACAUACUCUACCACCAUUGAUAAGACUGUUCCAACUGUUCCAGCAUCCUCCUCAACCAAGCCAAGUAACUCUGUUCCAUCUGUUCCAGCUUCAUCGAGUGUUGCCAGCAGCGCUUCCUCGGUCACCAUCAGUCAUCCAACUGUUCCUCUGAGCACUGGACCAACCACAAAGCCCGUCAAGCCAACAGAGACCGAGCACACAACAUGGACCACAUACACCACCGACAUUCUUACAACCGUUUGCCCCACUCCAACUACAUUAACUUUUGGAACCCAGACAUACACUGUCACUAAGUCAACCACUUUGGUCAUUACCGACUGUCCUUGCACUGUGAGCAAGCCACAUCCAUCAAGCACCUCGGUCCCAACCAAACCAUCUUCAAGCGAGAGUAGUGUCAAGUCCAGUGCUACACCAGAGACCACCGUCAUUGUUCCUCCUCAUGGCAAUGUGACUUCUUCUACUUCUUCCGCACCACCAAAGACCACUGUUGUUGUUCCUCCUCACGGAAACUACACGUCUUCUACUUCUUUAGCGCCGCCAAAGACUACCGUUGUUGUCCCUCCUCAUAGCAACGAGACAUCUUCCAUCCCUUCAGCGCCUCCAAAGACUACUGUUGUUGUUCCUCCUCAUGGAAACUACACAUUUUCUACUUCUUCAACCCCUCCAAAGACUACACCAGUCGUCUGGACCACUACAGUUGUCAGCAGCUACACUACUUAUUGCCCAUCUCCCACCACUGUUGCCAUUGGAAACUUGACUUACACCGUCUCAUCAGCCACAACCUUGACUGUUACAAAGUGCCCUUGCACAGUUAGUUACACCUCAAGUGUUCCAACUGCCAAGCCAACCACUAGUACCACUGUAUCCUACUUGACUACAUACGUCCCCAGACCCACCACAAUCACUAUCAGCUCCGUCCCUCACACGAUUACUGCCCCAGGAACCGUCACUUUCCCAGUUGUUUCUAUUCCUUCUGUCAAGCCAACUCCAAGUACUAUUACCGUGUCUUACUUGACUACAUACUGCCCUGCACCAACCACAAUCACUAUUAGUUCUGUUCCUCACACGAUUACUGCCCCAGGAACCGUCACAAUUCCAGUUGUCACAGUUUCAGUUGGAACUCCUGUGUAUCUUACACCUGUUUCCUCUGUCAAGCCAACUCCGAGUAGUAUCACUGUUUCUUACUUGACUACGUACUGCCCUGAACCAACUACAAUCAUUGUCAGCUCAGUUCCUCACACAAUCACUGCUCCGGGAACUGUCACUAUCCCGAUUGUCACUGUUUCCGUUGGCACUCCAGUUCACGAGACCCCAGUUGCCAGUGUCCCAGCUCAUGAGACACCAGUUACUAGCUCUCCAGUUGCUACUAUCCCAGUCCAUGAGACCCCAGUCACUAGUGUUCCCGUUGUUACUGUCCCAGUUCACGAGACACCAGUCACUAGUGUUCCCGUUGCUACUGCCCCAGUUCACGAGACUCCUGUCGCUAGUGUUCCAGUUCAAGAGACACCAGUUGCUAGCGUUCCAGUUGCUAGCGUUCCAGUUACUACUGUUCCAGCUGCAACACCUUCUCAAGCUACUACCUUGGCAUCCACACCUGCUACUGUUGGCACUGCUAUCACAACCGGUCCAGCUCAAUUUACUGGUGCUGCCAUGAAGGUUGACGCUAGUUUCGGUGCUCUUGCCGUUGCUGGUAUCGCAGCCUUCUUGUUGUAA